AUGAAUCAAAGUGAGAAAGCAAGAUUACUGAACUUAGAAAGUGAAAUACAUAAACGAGUAAUAGGACAAGAUGAAGCAGUGACAGCAGUUAGUGAUGCAAUCAUUAGAAGUAGAGGAGGAUUAGGAAAUGAAAAACGACCAAUAGGAAGUUUUAUGUUUUUAGGACCAAGUGGAGUAGGUAAAACAGAAUUAGCAAAAGCAUUAGCAGCUGAAUUGUUUGAUUCAGAGGAAAAUAUAGUUAGAAUAGAUAUGAGUGAAUAUAUGGAAAGUCAUAGUGUGUCGAGACUGAUAGGAGCACCACCAGGAUAUGUUGGAUAUGAAGAAGGAGGACAAUUAACAGAAGCAAUUCGUCGUAGACCAUAUAGUGUAAUAUUAUUUGAUGAAAUUGAAAAAGCACAUCCACAAGUAUUUAAUGUGUUAUUACAAUUAUUGGAUGAAGGAAGAUUAACAGAUGGAAGAGGAAGAACAGUUGAUUUUAAGAAUACGGUUGUGAUUAUGACAUCGAAUUUAGGAAGUGAAAUAAUAAUGAAAGGAGUAGAAACAACAGGACAAGUUGAUGAACAAGUUAAAGAACAAGUCAUGGAAAUAGUGAAGAAGUCGUUUAAACCAGAGUUUCUCAAUCGAAUGGAUGAUAUUAUAGUAUUUUCACCACUUUCAGAGAAAGAAUUGAAAGAAAUAGUUAAAUUACAAAUGGGAGAAGUGAUUAAAGUCAUUAAAAAGAGAUAUCCAGGAAGUGAAGUUGAAAUGACGGAAGCAGCAAUAGAAGGAAUCAUUAAAGCAGGAUAUUCAAUAGCAUAUGGAGCAAGACCAAUGCGAAGAUAUAUUGAAAAGACAGUUGUUACAGAAAUAACAAAAUCAAUAAUAGGAGGAGUGAUGAAAGAGAAGAGUAAAAUUAAGAUAGGAUAUGAAGAUGGUAAGAUUGAAGUUAAAAUAACUGAUAACUAA